UACAAAAGCCCGGGAUUUCUCCCCAGCUGCUUGUCACAGUGACCUGCACCAUCUCUCAACUGCUCGUGGGGUUUCUGUCAACUACUAUUGGAGGGGAGCAAAGUCUUUGGAGAAUAACUUUUUGUGGUGGCCAUGCCAGAACCUACUAAGGAAAAUGAAGUGCCCGCCCCAGCCCCAGCCCCACCCCCAGAAGAACCAAACAAAGAUACGGAAGCUGGAAACGCACCACCAAAAGAUGAAGAGGAAGGCUCCCCGUCUAUUGCCCUGCCUCCAGGUCUGGGCAGUCGGGCCCUGGAAAGAAAAGAUUCAGAGUGGUCUCUUGGCGAAUCACCUGCCACAGAGGAACAAGUCAAGCAGAACACCAAUUCUGAGCUGUCCACCCUGUUCGUGGAAAAGCCUCAGACAGGAACAGUGAAAGUUGGUGCAAAUAUCAGCUUCAUAGCCAAAGUCAAGGCUGAAGAUCUUCUUAGAAAACCCAGUGUCAAAUGGUUUAAAGGGAAAUGGAUGGACCUGGCCAGCAAAGCUGGGAAGCACCUCCAGCUGAAGGAAACCUUUGAAAGACAAAGUCGGGUGUACACAUUUGAGAUGCAGAUCAUCAAGGCCAAAGAGAACUAUGCAGGAAACUACAGAUGUGAGGUCACCUAUAAGGAUAAGUUUGACAGCUGUUCAUUUGAUCUUGAAGUACAUGAAUCUACGGGGACUACUCCAAACAUUGACAUCAGAUCUGCUUUCAAGAGAAGUGGAGAAGGUCAAGAGGAUGCAGGGGAACUUGACUUUAGUGGUCUCCUGAAACGUAGGGAAGUGAAGCAGCAAGAGGAAGAACCUGAGAUAGACGUGUGGGAGCUGCUGAAGAAUGCGAACCCCAACGAGUACGAGAAGAUCGCCUUCCAGUACGGUAUCACCGACCUGCGGGGCAUGCUCAAGCGGCUCAAGCGCAUGCGCAGGGUGGAGAAGAAGAGCGCAGCUUUUGCAAAAAUCCUUGAUCCUGCAUAUCAGAUUGAUAAAGGAGGCAGGGUAAGGUUUGUUGUGGAAUUGGCAGAUCCAAAGUUGGAGGUGAAAUGGUAUAAAAAUGGUCAAGAAAUUCGACCCAGUACAAAAUACAUCUUUGAACAUAAAGGAUGUGAAAGAAUCAUGUUUAUCAAUAACUGUUCGCUAACAGAUGAUUCGGAGUAUUACGUGACAGCCGGUGAUGAGAAAUGUUCCACUGAGCUCUUCGUGAGAGAGCCUCCAAUUAUGGUGACCAAACAGCUGGAAGAUACAAAUGCUUACUGUGGGGAGAAAGUGGAAUUAGAAUGUGAGGUGUCUGAAGAUGAUGCCAAUGUAAAAUGGUUUAAGAAUGGUGAGGAGAUCAUCCCUGGUCCAAAAUCAAGAUACAAAGUUAGAGUUGAGGGCAAAAAACACAUUUUGAUCAUAGAAGGGGCAACCAAGGCUGACAGCGCAGAGUAUUCUGUAAUGACGACAGGAGGACAAUCAUCUGCUAAACUUACUGUUGACUUGAAGCCUCUGAAGAUCCUGACACCUCUAACUGAUCUGACUGUAAAACUUGGAAAAGAAAUCUGCUUGAAGUGUGAAAUCUCGGAAAAUGUAACAGGAAAAUGGACUAAAAAUGGGCUACCUGUUCAGGAGAGUGACCGUCUAAAGGUUGUACACAAAGGAAGAAUCCACAAGUUAGUGAUAGACAGUGCUCUCAUUGAAGAUGAAGGUGAUUAUGUAUUCACACCAGAUGCCUACUCUGUUACUUUACCUGCCAAAGUUCAUGUUAUUGAUCCUCCUAAAAUCAACCUGGAUGGUCUUGAUGCUGACAAUACAGUGACAGUAAUUGCAGGCAACAAACUUCGUCUUGAAAUUCCCAUCACUGGAGAACCUCCUCCUAAAGUUAUUUGGAGCAGAGCAGAUAAGGCUAUUACGGAGAGCAGCGGCCGGAUAAGAUCAGAAUCUUACCCGGACAGCAGCAGUCUGAUUAUUGAUGUAGCUGAAAGAGAAGAUUCUGGUGUUUACCACAUAAAUCUGAAAAAUGAAGCCGGAGAAGCCCAUGCAAGCAUUAAGGUUAAAGUUGUGGACAUCCCUGAUCCUCCAGUGGCACCAAAUGUGACAGACGUGGGAGACGACUGGUGCAUCAUGAACUGGGAGCCUCCUGCCUAUGACGGCGGGUCCCCAAUCUUAGGAUACUUUAUUGAGAGGAAAAAGAAACAAAGUUCCAGGUGGAUGAGGCUGAAUUUUGAGCUCUGCAAAGAAACAACCUUUGAGCCCAAAAAAAUGAUCGAAGGCGUGGCCUAUGAGGUCCGGAUCUUUGCUGUCAAUGCCAUCGGCAUCUCCAAGCCCAGCAUGCCCUCCAAGCCAUUUGUUCCUCUGGCUGUAACCAGCCCUCCUACGCUUCUGGCUGUUGACUCUGUAACCGACACCACUGUCACGAUGAAAUGGCGGCCCCCAGACCAGAUUGGUGCGGCAGGUUUAGAUGGCUAUGUGCUAGAGUAUUGCUUUGAAGGAAGUACAUCAGCAAAACAGUCUGAUGAAAAUGGGGAGGCUGCGUAUGAUCUGUCAGCUGAGGAAUGGAUAGUUGCAAACACAGAUCUGAUUGAUAAGACCAAGUUCACCAUCACGGGUCUGCCCACGGAUGCAAAGAUCUUUGUGCGUGUUAAGGCUGUGAAUGCAGCUGGUGCCAGCGAGCCCAAGUACUACUCCCAGCCCAUUCUUGUGAAGGAAAUCAUAGAGCCUCCAAAGAUUCGCAUCCCAAGGCACCUGAAGCAAACCUAUAUCCGCAGAGUUGGAGAAGCUGUCAACCUGGUUAUACCUUUCCAGGGAAAACCAAGACCAGAAUUAACCUGGAAGAAGGAUGGUGCCGAAAUUGAUAAGAAUCAAAUCAACAUCCGCAACUCGGAGACUGACACGAUCAUAUUCAUCCGAAAAGCAGAGAGGAGCCACUCAGGGAAAUACGACCUGCAAGUCAAAGUGGAGAAAUUCGUGGAAAACGCGGCCAUCGACAUCCAGAUCGUUGACCGCCCGGGUCCUCCCCAACUUGUGAAGAUUGAGGAUGUCUGGGGAGAGAAUGUUGCCCUAUCAUGGACACCACCAAAGGAUGACGGGAAUGCGGCCAUUACAGGGUACACCAUCCAGAAGGCUGACAAGAAGAGCAUGGAAUGGUUCACUGUCAUUGAGCAUUAUCACCGAACCAAUGCCACCAUUACUGAACUGGUCAUAGGGAAUGAAUAUUACUUCCGGGUCUUUGCUGAAAACAUGUGUGGCCUCAGUGAGAAUGCAACAAUGACCAAAGAGAGCGCCGUGAUUGCCAAGGAUGGUAAAGUCUACAAAAAUCCCGUGUAUGAAGACUUUGACUUCACAGAGGCGCCCAUGUAUACUCAGCCUUUGGUUAACACCUACGCUAUCGCCGGCUACAACGCCACUCUGAACUGCAGUGUGAGAGGGAACCCUAAGCCUAAAAUAACCUGGAUGAAAAACAAAGUUGCUAUUGUGGAUGACCCGAGAUACAGGAUGUUCAGCAACCAAGGGGUUUGCACAUUGGAGAUUCGCAAGCCCAGCCCUUAUGAUGGAGGCACUUACUGCUGCAAAGCAGUCAAUGACCUUGGGACAGCUGAGGUCGAAUGCAAACUGGAGGUGAAAGUGAUAUAUCAAGGAGUAAUUACCCCUGGACAACCACUGUUCCUGGCGGGGCAGCAACAGGUUUUCAAAAUUCAUAUCCCACUGGAUAUCUCUACUUUCUGUUCCAUUCCUCUUACAUGAAAUCGCAUUUUGCAUGUAAAGCUUGACUUUCUUCAUUUGCUUUUAAUUAUAUUUUUAGCAGCUCAUGGCAUACAGUGUUUAUGCCAUGAACAAGGAAGGCCAAAUUAUUCAAGGCUGUUAAGUAAUGUAGGAGCUGAGUUUUGUCAGAAAACAAGUGCCAUAGAAAAGGUCCCCACAAAUAGAGCCAGAAGGCUACAUUUGAAGAUACCUCACUUCAGGUGUAAGAUUAUCAAAACCUGGGAACCAGUGACAUUUCUGUACUAUUCUCACUUUUCAUAUGUAAAGAGAUAAGCUCUUCCUUUAAGAUCAUUUCCAGGGUAGUUUCCUUAGAUCACAGGUGGCAAACAUAAGGCCCUGGGGCCGAAUCCGUUCCUCCACCUUGUUUUAACUGGCCUGGCGCCUUGUUUCUACCCAGCGGCAGUGCACCGCAAGGCUGAUGUGGCCCCCGACGAAAAUGCGUUUGAUACCCCUGCCUCAGAUUCAUGUUGAAAAUCAGAACGCUGGCCACUUGCAAAUUGCUAAGUUAUAGAGAAAGUGUUCCGAGUGUUUUUGAUACGGAGAGGUCACAAUUUAAAAUAGAUCCAAUAUUUAGGAACUUUUCUAUGUAAGAUUUUCCAAUGCAAGAUUCACUAGUAGAGUAUCUGCAACCCAUGUAUCUGUUGGACGUUUUGGAUAUUUUCAUGGGACCAAAGUUAUUUCAUAUAUACACAAACUUGAGAGAAAAUUCUAGGUCCUGUUUCUAAAUGUAGUAAGCAUUAAGUAAGAUCCACAGUACAUGUAUCAUUCUCCCCCAUUUGGUAGCGAGGAUUAAGGAGUUCUUGGGGGCUGGAUCUAUGCCUGAGUUUACAAUAUUUCCUCUCUGAAUUCCCAGAGGUAAUGCCAGUUUUCAAAAGAUGAAAGGAUUAGGGCUGUUUCUUAAAAGUUUUCUAGAUUAUAUAUAGUCUCUUUCUAGCCUGUUUGUUUAAGCCGUUGGUUUAUUUAGAUUAGUCAUAUAUAAUUAUUUCAGGAUACAUAUCAUAGAAUACACUAGUCUACUAUAUCUACUUGAUAAUUUUGCCUUUUAGAAUUUCAACAUAUAUAUAUGUACACUAAUGCUUUGUCUAUCAUCAAUGUUUUUCUUUUGUUGAAAAACACUAUAUAUAUAUGUUGUAGGGUUGUUUUUUAUUUUUAAGCUAAUGGUUUGGAAGCUUUUACUAUAAAUAUUCACUGUACAAUCACAUGGGCUUUGCCACUGAUUUAGGCAAAGUGGUUGUGCGUAUUAAUAAAUGUUUUACAUAUUAAUGAUCUUUUUGAAGUGACUGGAUCCCUGCCCUUCAUUCCAUGCGCUUCUAUGUUCCUACAUCUUUCACAUGACUAAGGAUUAAUGAAAUCAUCUCAUCAUAACUGCGACCAUAAUUUCAUCCAAUGAGUAUUCCACUUUGGUUUUAGCACUUCGUUAAUGCUCACAACUUCUCUCUCUCUCUCUUUC